AUGCCAUUUAAUUGCAGAGUUUGCUCAAAACGAUUUAUUACUAUAUAUGGGUUGACACAGCAUAUGAAUAUGAAGCACCAGAGAGGAAGUCUUCGUUGGAGAGUUAGUCAUGUAAAUCAGCAUCAAAGAUCAGAAGAGCCUCAACAUGAUACGAAUUUGUGGAAUACUCCUGCUGUGAGGAUGGAAAGGCCAUCAAUGUUAACAGAAAUUCAUACAUCAAAUACGGAAGAAGAUGAUAUUGAAGAACAGGGCCAUUAUAACGAUGAAAAUUUUAGUGAUAUGUCGGUUGAAGAAUCUUUAAACGAUGGUUUUUUAUCUAUGCUUGAAGACACAAUACAGUUGGUCAUAGAUG